CACUGUUAAUGAGCCGUUGCAUAUAGAUGAGCUGGCAGCCAGUCUGAGCUGCCACACCACACAUAAAAGCCAAAGAGGGCCCUGGGCUCUCCUGCUCUGACACAGAAGCUGCUGGACCCACGUUCUGUGGAAGUUCUGUGGUCUGGGGAACACAAAGCUGGGCAGAUUUUCUCCUCUCUCCCUUCUGUGCUCACCUUCACCGCGUCAGACCCCAGGAGAAAUGUAAGAGGCUGCAGCUCUGGGAAUCCACCUUUCUUGGCAGAAGUUCUGUGGACACCCCCUAGAGCUGAGCAGGGAGCUGGGACCACGCGGGGCCGAGGGGCCGAUGAGUUCACACACUGCGUGCUGAGACCUCACAGAGAACGGCAGCAGCAGAGGGAAUGUUCAACUACCUCCGGCAACGCUUCACCAGCCACCUCCGGGAGCGCAGCCGGCGCAGGGCCAGGCUGGUCUCCAAGGAUGGGAGGUGUAACAUAGAGUUUGGCAAUGUGGAACAGUCCAGGUUUGUCUUUUUGAUUGAUAUAUGGACCACCAUCCUGGACCUCAGGUGGAGAUACAAAAUGACUAUCUUCAUUUCAGCCUUCUUGGGCAGCUGGUUUCUGUUCGGGCUGCUCUGGUACGUGGUGGCCUACAUCCACAAAGACCUGCCCGAGUUCAACCCCUCCAUCAACCACACCCCCUGCGUGGAGAACAUCAACGGCCUCACCUCGGCUUUCCUGUUCUCCCUGGAGACCCAGGUGACCAUCGGCUACGGCUUCAGGUGUGUCACAGAGCAGUGUGCCACUGCCAUCUUCCUGCUCAUCUUCCAGUCCAUCCUGGGGGUGAUCAUCAACUCCUUCAUGUGUGGGGCCAUCCUGGCCAAGAUCUCCAGGUCCAAGAACAGGGCCAAGACCAUCACCUUCAGCAAGAACGCCGUCAUCAGCAAGCGCGGGGGGAAGCUCUGCCUCCUCAUCCGGGUGGCAAACCUCAGGAAGAGCCUCCUGAUUGGGAGCCACAUCUAUGGGAAGCUCCUCAAGACCACCAUCACCCCGGAAGGAGAGACAAUCAUUUUGGACCAGGUCAACAUAGAGUUUGUAGUCGAUGCUGGCAACGAGAAUCUCUUCUUCAUCUCCCCACUCACCAUUUAUCACAUCAUAGACAAGAACAGCCCCUUCUUCCACAUGGCAGCAGAGACCAUCCUGCAGCAGGAUUUUGAGCUGGUGGUGUUUUUAGAUGGCACUGUGGAAGCCACCAGUGCCACCUGCCAGGUGAGGACGUCCUACAUCCCAGAGGAGGUGCUCUGGGGCUACCGCUUCGCUCCCAUCGUGUCCAAGACCAAAGAAGGGAAAUACAGAGUUGACUUCCAGAACUUCAGCAAGACAGUGGCUGUGGAGACCCCCCACUGUGCCUUCUGCCUCUACAACGAGAAAGAAGCUAAAGCCAAAGAGAAGAAAGGUUAUGACAAUCCUGGGUUUGUCCUUGAAGUCAGUGAAACCAGUGACACAAAAAUGUAGUUCAGGUACUCAUGGGACUGUCCUUGUCAUCAGAAAGAAUUCAAUCUCCAGAGGAUUAAUAACUUAGUAAAACAAAAGAGAAGCACAGGUUUGGUUUUACUCUAAAACAGCAUUUCUUCUGUCAAAAGCCUCAAAUCAAAGAGGAGCAGGACACCAGUGAUCUCCAGAAUGCUAUUGAACUACACUGUAUGUAUUUCAUAGAAUUUAUAUUUUUAUACCUGCGGGACAUUUUAUGGAGCUGCUAUGUUGGAAUGUCCAACUCAGGUUCCCAGAGGCAUGAAAGGGUGUUAAAAAUCCUGAAAAUAUGGAAAGAAGCUUUAGGACAUGUUAAAGAUACACAGCUGCUGGAAUGAGAACAUGAAAAGGGGAGACAGAAAGCAAAGCUAAAGAAACCUGGGAGACUUAGGAGCCAAAACCUCAAAAAAAGGUACAUUUCUGGUUGCCAAAGUCCUCCAUGAAAACAGACUCUCGGGCAUGGGAACACUUGAGCACUUUUGAACAUUCUGAAACAAUUUCUUCCUUCUUUCUUUGAGGCUGGUACAGCAACAGAAACGGAGCAUUAAGGGACGGGACGUGCUUAGGAAACCAGGAAAGGCAAAACUGGGGCUGUGCUGCUGCCAUCCAGAGCUCCAAAAUAGGACUUCUCCCCUGUGAAAGCCUUUGAUUCCUUUCAGGGGAAAAAAUAGCCAAGUGGAAAUGAAAACUGCAAAGACAAGAAGCAGAGACCCACAAUGGGAAGAGAGGAAUUUUGCAGCUUAUUCCCAACUGUCUCAUCCUUCAGACACCCUUCACUUCCCCAGGAGCUGGAUGGCUGUGGAACAAGGAAACAUCUGAAGACAACUGUGCAGCAAGGUGGGGAGAUGGAGAACACAUUGAGUGCUUCCCACCUGGCACAGAGCACUCCACUGGGAGGAGAGAGGAAAUCCCCAGCUCUGGAUGUAUCCUCCAAAAUAAACCCCAGAGCAAACACAGAUUAUCUUUCCCUUUGAAGCACCAAGGUCUUGUUCAAACAAAAACACAGCACAGGAGCCUCCCACCAACAGUUGGCUUCAGAUUUAGUCCCAACCCAUCCAUCUCAGCACAGCAAAAUGUGCAUCCCUCCAGGAAACACCUUCUGCUCGGGGGAGCUGAGCAGUGGGAACAUUUGCUGGGUAUAACUGUUGACAUUUAAGUUUCAAAUGCAACAAGAAGCUUCAAUAACUUUUUGGUGAAUUUCUGCUCCCUCACAGCCUUUUUUUAUUUUCCGCUGGUUUAAGAGGAAAUAAUUUUCCUUAUUUUUAUUUUCCAGCUGGUUCUGUUGCUGAGAGUUCAAGUGGCAGAGCAAAGGGACUUUUUUGGGAACUCUUUCCCUUGAUGUAAGUCAACUCAUCUAUUUUCAAGGCUGUGGUAAAAUGGAAAUAUUGAUUAAAAGCUGCCAGACUGAGUGGUUUUAAAGGAAGGAGAGAAUUAAGAAGGUCAGAUGAUGGUAAGAGAAAGUUAUGCUGCAAACGAACAGUGUGAGUAUGGAAAUCAAACUCUGGGAACCAGGAGUGUCCAGGUCUCAGUCCCAGUGUAGCAUCAACUCCUUCGUUGGUUCAGAACAAAUCACUUCAUGUAUCUCAGAUUUACCAUCUGUAACAGGGGACAUAAACACUUACAUUGUACAGAGAACAAUGUUAUGAACAAUUAUGUCACUAAAGCACUUUAAAAGCCAGUUCUCAACUGUCUCAGUCUUUCCUCUCCUUAAGGCACCAAUGUCACACCCUUCACCUCUGGCUGGAAAGGUCAGCACCCUGAGUCCUGUCCUCCUCACACACCAGUGACUGAAAGUGCUGCAGCAGGGCCAGAACUGUGGGGUAUUGAACCAGGAGCUGAGACCUUUCAGGUAAUUCCCACAUACUGCCCAGUAUUGUAACUGGACUGUUUUUGCAACCUGGCAAACUAACAGUGCCAACUGUAAAUAUAUUUUUACAGUCCCAAUCACCAGAGUAUCUGAGCCCCUCCAACCUCAGUGCCCUGCAGAUUAUCCCUCUGGAAGGACAGUUUUUAUCCCCUCAAGCAAACAGUGAGUGAUCAGUGGCCAUGCACAGAAGUCCAGGAGGGAGGAGGGAAGUGAAAUGAUGUCUCAGAAGCCCCAGGCUCGUCUGAACCAAGAGGCUGCUCAGUCCUUCCAGAGCUGCUGCUGCAUUUCCUUUCUUGGCUUCCUGUGCAGUUCCCUGGGUGUGAUUUCCCCAGAAAGCAGCACAGGCAGAACUCAAGGCUUACAAGCUACACCUCUUACCCCAGGCUGCACCAGGGUGCCUGUAAAAGAAGUACCUUCGCUGUGCAAAAAUAGCAAGACCAAGGGAAAUCCAUUGGAAGGGUCAAACCCAGCUGCGCAAUGGGAGGCAGGGAAGAUUCCAAAUUUAAGGAAAGCUGUUUUGGGAUGUUAGUGCUAGUGGGAAAAAUAAAUCAAAUCAUAUCCAGCGCCUGUCCAGGAGAGGGUGUCCACCCUCCAAAGUUUAGAAAGUCCCUAAAAAAUGCAUUUUCAGGCAGUGCCCUUGGAAAGCCAUGUCAAAAUCCUAAACCUCAGCGCUAUUCACAACCCAAAUAUUGAACCUUUUGCCCUUUGUCUACAGCACAAGCAUGAGGAGGUGCCGUUCCAUUUUUAGAAGUUCUAAGUGCUGCCACAACUCAAACAGAAGCUGCUGGAUGAGCCUGCAGGGAUGGUACCUAUUGUUCACUCUCCUGACAGUCCCACCCGCCUCAGAAGCAGCAGGGGAGGGGUGAUGGUUCUUUUCCAUGUUUUGGUGGUACAGGAGGGACUGGCUACUGCAGGAUCAGGAGGUACAAAGGGGAUGUAUGCACAGCUGGCAGGGCCAUGGCUGAGCUGUCAGGCUUACUUAGAGCGGGCUCAUACUGGGACUUAUUGGGAAUCUUGGCCUGAACCCCUCCUCCCUGAGCCUCCCGCUGAUUGGCACCUCAGGAAGCCCUGCCAGCCCCGAGCAGGCAGGAGAUAGAGCUGCAGCAGGGCCAGCACAGCACAACAAUGAGUGGAAUUUCCUCUUUCUGUCCAGGGAGAGCUGUUUGUCAUGGCAGAGAUAAAGCCCAGGCCGGGAGGAGGGUUAUCGGGGACAGGCGGCACACGGGGCCGGGCGGGACGGGCUCCAUGGGAAGUCUAUUUUGGGGGCUGUCACCCCCACUGCCAUUAAAAGCAAGUUCAGUUAAGAGGAUGAAAAUAAAUUUAAUCUUGCUGAGCAGAAGUGGCUGGAGGGAACCACAGACCCGAUACUGGAAAACAAAGGCUGGUUCCUUCCCCCGUGACAGGGUUUCACUUUUCCAGCUCUGCUCAGGGCUCAGGGUUCUCCUCUCCCUGUCUGUCUGUCCAUCCUGCCGUUAGUCCUUCCACAAAGUGGAACACAGAAUCCCAGGAUAUUCUCAGUUGGAAGGAACCCACAAGAAUCAUCGAGUCCAACCCCUGGCCCUGCACAGGCCCAUCCCUAAGAUGUUGUGGAGGCAACAGCCUGGUCCAAACCCUCCAAAGGUCUGGAGAGAAAGUCCUGCUCCUCCAGGAGAGGAAAUCACACCAUGUACUUGCUGCUGGAUUAAGGCCUGAAGGAUUUUGCUGUGAAAGCCAAGCAGCCAGGCUUGGGAAUAAUGUGUCUGCACUGAGCUUAAUUUAUCUUCUCAUUUCACAAACAACAUGUUUCUUCUACUGUAUUUAUUUUAAACAUUCAUUCAAGCUGUGCAUAAUAUUUCAAUCAUUUUGAAAUAGAUUUACCCUCCUGCUGGCAAAUGAAUAAGGCAUCCUGCUGACUGCUGGAGGAAGGGCCAUGAAUUAAAAUAACUGCUUUUAGUACACUGACAUAUGCUGGGUACUGUCUCCACACACACUCUGGUAGUAACUGGUGAAAAGAGACCCCUAAAUAAUAAUAAUAAUAAUAAUAAUAAUAAUAAUAAUAAUAAUAAUAAAUAGCAACAACAACAAGAAUAACAACAAACCCUGGCACACUGCUUAGAUGCUCAUCCUGACUUGCAGUGCUGGAAUGUGCCAGAUCACUGCUAAUGCACUGCCACAGCCUUCCUGGAUAACUCCUGCCUGGAUAACUCCUGCCUGUACCCAAUUCCUUGGAAACUCUGCUGCUCAUCCAGAAACAAGUGCUCAGUGAGAGCUGCCGAGGUGUCACAUCCCCUUCCCUCUCCUGUGCUGAUAAUCAUGGGAAUUCCAAUGGGAACAGCCUUUAUUCCCCCUUCAUUUUGCUCCCUCAACCCACUCCUGCCCUGAACCACCAACCUGGGGUGGCCCAGUUCCUGUUCCCCACACGGGAGAAACCACAGCACAACGCCAGGAAUGGGAGCAGAGGGAAGCUGAGCAAGUUCCUGAAUCUGUGCUCCUGCCUGCAGCCCGGGGAACCUCUGACAGCACCAGCACUGGCCCGAAAUUGUGUUUAACCCUGUGAUGGUGUCACUGGAACACUGAGGAAGGCUGAAGCUCUCUCCAAGGCUGCUUGAAUACACACCAAAAAAUACCUCCUGAGGCCAAGUUGACAUUUCUGCGGUGGAAGCAUCUGCCUGGGGAGCCUUACACUUGAACAAACUCCUGCUGCACAAGACAGGCAGAAAUUCCCCCUGCUCAGAGGAGGUGGCCGAGCAAGGGGAGGCUGGAGAUGAGACUCUGUGGCUCCUUUUUUACACUGCUGUCAAAUUUAAGCACAGAAAGCAUCGAGAGGCAGAGGAGGGGCAGGGACUGAGCUCUGCUCUGGGGGGACCAGGGACAGCAGCCAGGGAAUGGCUGGAGCUGUGUCAGGGCAGGCUCAGGUUGGAUCUCAGCAAAAGGUUCUUCCCCCAGAGGCUGGUUGGGCACUGCCCAGGCUCCCCAGGGCAGUGGGCACAGCCCCAAGGCUGCCAGAGCUCCAGGAGGGUUUGGAUGAUCUUCUGGGGCACAGGGGGUGACUCUUGGGGCUGGGCCUGUGCAGGGCUGAGGUUGGACUGGAUGGUCCUUGUGGGUCCCUUCCCACUCAGCACGUUCUGGGAUUCUGAGUCCUGGCUGAGCACAUCCCAAGGCAGUGAUGUAGGACACAGUCCCCGCGUUUCUCCACUGGGACAGCCCAGCACAGGGAGGGAUUGGGAUGCUGGGGACCACCAGGAAUGCUGGGGACCAUCAGGGAUGCCGCCAGAGGGAAGGAGCGAUCCCGGAGGUUGUUUUCUGUGCUGCAGCCACAGGAUGGCAGCGCUCACCUGCGGAUCAGCCGCUCCCAGCUCGGCACGGCCUGAAUUCCACGGCAACCUUGAAAGGCAAAGCAGGAAUUUAUUGGGACUGUUCCUUAUUUUAUGACACGGAGUUCAAUGCAUUUAGUGACUUGUUUUUGGCACGGGCUGUGCAAGCUGGAUGUAUUUAGCCCCUUCACAGAAGUGUUGGGAGACUUAAUUCGGUGCAGUGAACUUGGAGGUGAUGUGUAAGUGGAGGGCUGGGGCUGUAAAAUUCGGGCUGCAGCAGCACCUCAAACAGAGUCUGUGGUGGUGGGUGGAUUAGGAAAGGCAAGGCUGCAUCUGGAGAGGCCCGUAUUCCACCUGGAAUUCUGCUCUGUGACUUCAGACCAGUCCCUGCUCCCUGCUUUGUGCCUGUUUCCCCAGCUGUAAAAAACCAACGCCACGGUGGUUCUGGGUUAAUGGCUGAAUCUAAUCAUCUUGAGGGUCUUUUGCAACCUUUAUUAUUCUGCAGUUCUGCCUCAGGUCACCCCAGGAAGGCCCCAAGGCAUUGCUCCAGGGUGGUUCUGCAGCAGUGCCCAAAGUGCCCGUGCUUUGGGAGUGCCCCUGGCACAGGGCAGAGCUGGCACACAGCAAGGAGUCCCCCCACUGGGGCAGUGUCUGUAGGGCCCUCACAUCACCUGAGCUGGUUCUGGGAGCCCAGCUCAUCUCCCUCAGGGCUGCAGUGCCGGGAGAUCCAACAGCACCGCUCUGGGUGGUGGAAUGGGUUGGGUUGGGAGGGACCUUAAAGCUCAUCCCAUUCCAUGCCAUGGACAGGGACAGCUUCCAUUGGAGCACCCCCACUCCUCCCUGCCCCCACCCCACCCAGAGCAGGAUGCUGCUCCUCGAAUUCCCACAGCAAGGGCAAGAUGCUGGUACCCCUGUGUCCACAGAGCUCGGAGGGUCUGGCUGGGGAUUUUAGGGAGCUGCUUAAGGGACAUUUUAAACCCUGCACAACAACAUCUACCCCAGACUGAACCUCCUCUUAUUUGACUUAACAUUGCAAUAUACUAUUUUAAUGUAUAUCUAUAUAUUAUAUAUAGAAUCAUAGAGUGGUUUGGGUUGGAAGGGACCUUAAAGCCCACCUCAUUCCACCCCCUACCAUGGGCAGGGACAUCUCCUACUAUCCCAGGUUACUCCAAGCCCCAUCCAACACGGCCUUGGACACUUCCAGGGAUGGGACAAGUGUACAUAUAUAAUAUAUAUACAUUAUACACCAUCCUGAGGGUGACAGAAAGCCCAAGGAUGGUGUUCAGGUAAUUACAGGAACCCUCUGCCAACACUCAUAGCAAAACCCCCUCCAGCCACCCCAUGGAAAACCAACCUGGUGCUCCCAAGAGCUGCAGAGGUCCAUGGCCUGCCAGCACAGGAGACUCCUCUGGAGUGUGCACGGGGUUUGCAGCAGCAGGGAAGGUGAAGUGCAUCCAACGUCAGACUUUACAGCUCCAGGAGACAGAAAGUUAAGGAAAAGCCAAAGCAAAUAACAGGUUUGCAGCAGUUCCUGGAAAGGAAGAAGCAGCUCCUGUGGUGAAAUCACUGUGCACCAAAUUGCAGAGUCCCCGGUGUUCAUCCUCCUGCAGCAGCUGCAACUUAGAAUAAAAGGAGCUGAAUUUU